UGAUUUUGCAAGGACCCUGUUCAGCGAUCGAGGUAAGGUGUCUGUAACCUUAAAAUAACAUUUUAAAAACGUUUUUGAAGACUAUUUGCAGUCCUUAUACCGUUUUUAACGUUUUCUGCCCAUAAAAGUUAUCUUUCGGACGAUGGAGGGCUUGCAUCGAUCAUAGAUAAUACAUCGAUCGAUCAUAGCGCGCGUCAAAAUCUCAGAAAUCUAUGGAUUUGUAUUUCGUAAUUAAGUUCUUGUAAUUGUACAAAUACCUGCAAUCAUUUGGGGUGAUGUGCUCAGUAAUUGAAUUCAUUUUCUUUACCUCAUUUUAACCUUCUAUGUGCCAAAACGUUAGGCAAAUCUGUUCAGGGUUAUGUGUUUCUGGUGUUCGCUAGUGUAAUUUUGUUUCCCUUGGAGCAACCGUGUGGGGACUAGGCCCAAGUGGUGCCUUGGUAUGAGAACCACAGUACAUGUGGGAGUCAGUCAUGCGUCAAAUGCACCAGAAAGUCAGUCUUAUGUCAAAUGCACCAAAAAGUAAUCAUCUUACAUUAAAAUAAUGUAAGUUGAUUAUUUGGAACUUUCCUAAGAUAUGGACAAGCUUGGGACCAAAAAGUGUCAACUGCUCAGGUUUGUAUGCUGUUGUGGACUUGGGAAGUACUUCCUGAUAAAAAGGGAUCCUCAUCAAAAUUUUUUAAGAAUGCAGCUAAAACUAAUUCAUUUUCACCCCUAUCAAGUGUCAAUUUUUUAUUCUGAAACAAAACAUUGACCAGCACUAAUUUUCAAUACUGUAAAAAAUAUUCAGAUGACUAACAGAUACAGAGGUUCCUUAGAUCCCCUUAACACAAAAAAAGCAAUAAUUGUAACAGCAAUCAUUUUAGAAUUUACCAGUAGCAUUUUAUGCAGAAAUAAUCCAUAUUUUCACCCCCUAAAAGGUAUGUGAGAUUUAUCUGUUACAGGUCAAAUUUGGUUUGAGGUUAAAUUUUUUUGCCUAGGUUGAUUCUCUAUUUUUUGUCUCCCAGGGCUUGAAGUCAAGGGAAAUUGGGAACCAACCUUAUUUUCUGCUGGGUUAAAUCAAAUUAACCUGAAAUAAAAUUAUUGUACCUGUUUCAUAUCCAUGAGCAGGGGUUAAUUGUAACAGUACUUUGUUUGAAGUUUCUGACAAACAGUUGGUGGAAAGAUUGCCAGGUCUAAAUAAUACAGGUCACAUCCUCAAAUAUCAAAAUAAAUUUGGUACUGUUGUCAGUCGUGUUGACCAGCCAAAGAAAUUUUAACUCGGUCACGUCUUCCUUCUGACUGGUCAAAAUGUUAAAAAUAGUCCAAUAGUAAAUUGAAUGUACCAGCCUAACAAGCAGAAACAUAAAGCAAAAAAAAGAUGCUUGUCCUCCUGAAACGUAAUGGUGUAAAAAUGUAGUUUUUCUUUUAGGGAGUUUAAGCAACAACAUCAGCAACAGCCACGAAAACAUCAUUUAAAAAGUGAAUUCGGGCUGCCUCAAACUUUUUUGCGCUUAUUCCAUCUUGUACAAUUCGUCAAAUGUUGGCGUAUUUUUCUAGAGUUGAAUUGUAAAGGACUGUAUGAAAGUUCAGGAGAAGAAAAGGAACGUUGUUGUGUUGUGUUCCCGUCUUCAACAAAAUGUGAAAUUAGGAAGGUUCAUGUCAUAGUUGUGCAACGAUGGCCAAGAAAUGUAGAAAAAAGCGUGAUCCAUGUGCAAAGUUGUUGUUUUUCCAAUCUACGCAUAUUGCUUUUUUGCCAUCGCCGUUGUCAUUGGUUAACUCCCUGUUAAUUGACAAGUCCGGUCAAAAUGACUGGAAAUGAAAAUUCCAUCCAGACAAAUGGUCAUCUUGUCCUGACAUUGUCCACUUACCACCCGCUAUUUUGAGCCCCGAAUCUCACAGAUCAAGCACUGGUCUGGUUAUUUAACCACCUUUUUAUUAGCAUAAACAGUGAAAUGUGACCUGAUUGUAUUUUACAAUUUGUCAGUAUAUUAAGAAGAUAAAUACAACUCCAGGGUUUGAGCCAGGGCACGCCAUUGCACCAAUCCUGCACAGCAAUUGAAAUUGUCCCUUAGAAAAACAGCCAAGGGGACAAUUUGUCCCCUUCAGAAUUUAGGGAAAAACUCGAAAGGAAGCACACACGAGAUUUAGAUUUAGGUCAGCACAGAAAUUGCAAGCUAAAACAGAACGUCGAAAAUAUAUUUUAUCGCACGUUUAAAGUUCAUUCUAAAGUCACCUUUCAGUCACGCUCUACUGAACACGUAAGUCUCAUGCUCAACCAAGCGUGGUGAACGCACCUGGCAAUCUUUAACAUGUCACAUCGAAAAGGUGUUCGAACAUCAGAAAGCUUUUUCGCUCCAAAUCGAAGCCAGAGUGAAUCAGAGAAAAAUGAUACAGAACAAGAACAGUGUAUUAAUCAGGAAGAAACGGAACAGGAUUGAAGGAAACCGAAAAAAUCAUGAACUUUCCAGAAAACUUGGUUGCGAGAUCACACAUCGUUGCGCUAUGAAAAGGAGGCGUACGUCUACCAGUAAUUAAGAAAGGAAUUGAAGUUUACAAUGGGAUGCCAAGAUGAGAUUCUGCUGUGAAAUGUUUUGAAGUAUAAAGCAUAGUCAUUGAUCCCCUGUUUAAAUAUGACGAGAAGAAAGUCGCAACACCAAUAACUUAACUUUUCUUGUUUGUAUCACUUUUCUUGUAUUACAAGGAUCAGGUAAAAAAAAAAUGUUUUUGGUGCCUUGCCUGUAUAGCCACACAUAUAGCCACAGCAUAAAAAAGAUGUUGAAUAAAAAUUAAUUUGUCUGUCCCCCUAAAAAUUAAAAUGUCCCCAAAAUUUUAACCAAGGGGACAAAUUGUCCCCCAGUGAUCAAAUCCUAGCUCGAACCCUGCAACUCUACAUACAGUUGGGUAUUUUUUUUCACCCUUUCAUUUGUUGACAGUAGGAAUCACACCUCCUGAAGAUGUUGGCAGUAGAUGGUUUGGAAAGUUCAGCUCCGGAAUCCUCGACAUUGCCUAUUAAAGAGGAAAAAGCAAAACCUAGAAAGCAUGAUGAAUUGCAGUAUCUGAAUAUGAUUCAGUACAUUCUUGAUAAUGGCAUGGAGAAAGGAGAUAGGACAGGUACAUUACAUACAUUGUACAGGGCAAUAUAGAGCCAAAAUGAAAACUCAAGAAAAUUAAUUAUUUUUCGAGUCAUACUUUUAAAAUAAUAAUAAAAUUAAUAUGCUGUAAAAUUACCAAAUGACAUAAUACACUCCUGCUUGUUUUUUGAAUGGCUUCAAAAGCUCUGAUAUAGAUCAAUUCAUUCUUGCAUUAAUAUUUAGAUUUGGGAUCUUGUGUAAUUAUUAUUUGUGCACCCCUCGGUCUCUAUAUCAUCUGUUGACACCUCGACGGACACUCAACCAAUAUGUCGGUCGAUACAUCAGUCAAUAUAUCGAGUGAUACAUCAAUUCAAUACCCCACCAAGAAUUCCCGGGAGUACCUCCCCCAGGAUGUCUAUAACUGGGGAGGGAGGGGGAAGGGGGAUAUAAGUGGAAGUUUAUUGCCUAAUUUCAUACCGCGCGGGGGCCUGGCACUACCGGAAUUUCCCGGACUUUUUGAAAAGUCCAGUUUCAAAAUGGCGGAUAGUCAGAGUAAAAACUCGAACGAAAGCAUCCUUUUUCGAAGGAAUAUUGAUCAAUAUUCCCUCAAAGAAUCUGCCUAAACUUAGUAAGGAAAGGAUGCAGUAUUUCUGUCAUGCCCUGAAGCUAAACUUAAGGAGCCGACACUCAGCCGCAAGAGCAAGCAUUGUUCAAUGAACAGGUCGCUCGCACCAAAGAUGACUAUAAAUUUUGUACAGCACUGGAUCCUCUGUUUAAUUCAACCAUCUUCUGAAUAGUAGAGGAUCAUUGCAGGCAAGAACACAGAUGUGAUUGUGUACGUACCGAUCGUAACCUAGGUUUGCUGGAGCAACAAUUAAAAGGGCAGUACAGAAAGCUUACCUGGAUUAUUCCCGUCGCGGAAAAGAGAAAUGUCCGUGAAAGGUACUGAGUUCAGUGAACUUUGUGGCAUUAUGUAUGUUAAACCUAGUGUUCUUAAAUCACAUGCAAGAGAAUAAGGGACUAGUCUAUACUCAGUGCAUGUUAGCCAAAAGGUAGAUGUACGUGACGUUCUUGAUUGAAUUACAAGGUGAUUACUCCAAAUUGUAAAUAUGCUCGUAGACCCAAUAAGUUCCAAAAAGAGGCAGCUCAACAAGUGAGCCCUUGUAAGCCAUUGCCAUUUCACAUUUUAUCAAUGAAUUUAUACAUGUCUUGACUAGUGUCUAAAUUACUAGAGUUGUAAAGUAACUGGAAGGUACAGAAUCACCCGCAGGGCCCUCAGAAAGAAACUGUAUACUACCUACAAUUUAUCCCUCCAAGAAACAUUACUUGUGUAUGAUAACAUUGCUCAAUGCAUGAGGUCUGGUCACAGGAACUGCAGUGCUAUUGAACUAGAAAUACCUCUCUUUUAAGACAGAACUAUACUUGCUUUUAUCUAUGGUUAGUGAGAAUUGUCUCUGGUAUGAUCUUUAGGAUUUUUUGCUGACACCGCACGCAGCGACGGAGAAAAAACCUAAUGUAAGCCUUGCCGAUCUAAUACGAUGUUGCCCUUUCACUCAGGGUCACUUUGCCGUGUUUCGCUUUUUGGUAGUCUUUAUUUUACGGUUUGUAAAAACAGAUACACCCACUUCCUUAUCAUUCCCCGAUAUUCGGUCGGAUCCAGCGCUGUAAAAAAAGCUAAAUGCGACUGUUCUUUCUUCAAAUUUUUUUGUCGAACAAUUCGGGAAUACGGUACUUCCAAUACUUCCAAGUAGCGAAAGUCUCCAAUUUGAUCUUUCUUUUCUCAAGGUUUUUAAUCGACGUCCUUCGUAACAGCAGAACAACUGUUCUUUGCUGUAGAAUAUUAAUAUUCUGGAGUAAUCUGGUCCUUAAUAUCGUUUCAACUGCACGCAAUGACCUUUGCUUUACCCUCUGUUUUGGGAGCCAUAAUUGAAUCCGGAAUGUAAAAAGUCCGGGAAAAUCCGGUAGAGCCAGUCUCCCGCGCGCUAUGAAAUUAGGCAAUGGUGCCUGUUAACUACUGCCUGAGAGGUUUCAUACUAAUGGACUCUCUCUUCCAGUAUAUGCAGGGCUGAAAAUAACGGACAGCAGGUUGCCGGUCAUGAUGACCGGCCAAAUAUUUUUCAGCCCGGACAAACCCCGAUUCUGUCCGGUCAAAUUAUGAAUACCAUAAUUUUUUUUUUGCCCAAGGAAUAUCGAAUUAUGCUGGCAAUAGAUCGUUAUUACUACAUUAACGUUCACAUUUUUGACAUUAAGUUGGUGAAAAAUGCUUCAGUUUCACCUUGUAGAGUUCCUUUCCACGGUUUUCGCGCAUUUUAAUGUUACAUUUGAGUAUCAUCGUACGGCGGUGUCUGAAGUCUCUCAAGUAAAAAGUGAAGCGUCAAUCCUUUUUAAACUCUCAAGGUUCAGGAAAUGGAAUACACAUACAGUUCAAUAAACUUAAGGAAUUACCAAAAAAAAAAUAAUUUGGGUUAUUUUACAUAAUCUGCACACAAUUGUUUUACGUUGAUGUUCCGAAAUGAACAUCUGUCAAACUUUUUCCUUGCCUGGCACAUGAUCGAAAGUCUCUUCAAAGAAGAAUCGUCACUAAUAUUUUUGGCAAAGAAGUUGAUUUGCAUUGGCAUGUUUAUCAUCAGAAGUCAAUAAAUAUACAGCAGAGCUUUCAUUUGGGUCAUCGCACAACAUUUCAUCCCGAAGGGCUCAAAUGUCAACAGAAAUUUGCAUAAAGUUGUUUACAAGAAUGAGAUAGACGACGACACAGUGACAACCUUCCCUCUAGCCUGCGAAAACAUCCCUUUCUCCUCGCUCUUCGCCGCUGGGGACAUUUUGCGAAACGUCCCCAGCGGCAAAGAGCGAGGAGAAAUGGAUGUUUUCGCAGGCUACCUUCCCUCUUGAUUAGCUUAAAUUUUUAUGAGACUAUUCUGGAAUUGAGUCUUCAAACAAGAUUCAUGUUCGACAUAAAAGAAAUUAUUAUUAAUCGAUGCGCUAACAAUAUUCCCGGAGAAACACAGGAUGACCUGUUGAGAAUUGCGAUCGAUCUGCCCAAAUUCCGUGGAAUUCCCAAAGAAGGUCGCAUUACUGAUUACAGCAAAGCACAAAGUACAGUACGAUUUGCAACGUCGCGUUACUUUUCAACUCAGUUUGUUAUUCACUUUGUUACGUUUCAUUACGACAUGACGACAUGAAUAAUUAAUUUAUUGCAACGUUCUUUUCUUAGAAGGAUUUAGUGCAAAGCAAAGCAGCAAAAUAAGCCAAAGAAAAAAGAAAUCAUUGCAGUUUCAUAGAGCAUUAAGCGACAACUGUAUGGAAAAUAAAAUGUUUGUAUCCAAAAAUGACCGGUCAAAGUGACCGGUAAGACCAGAGUUUGACCGGUCAAGUCUGCAAUCAGGCCGGACAUUGUCCGUUGACCGGCCGUUAUUUUCAGCCUUGCAGUAUAUGUACAUCUCUUUUCACAGUAAGCAGUUUGAGGUGGCAGUAUUCGUUGAAUAAGCGUGUCUCAAAAUUGUUCUUGGUAAAAAGUAACUAAAUUUUCAGAACAUGCAGUUUGUAAGAGGACCGCUGUUCUUGUUGUUAACUUUUGCCCAUGAAAAUGCUGUCACCGCAACUAGCUGCUCCCUGAUCUCCUAAAUUGCAUAUUAUUUUUGUAAAAGAAUGUGAAAGAAAUUAAUGUGUAUUUUUAAUUUUUUAGGCACAGGUACUAUCUCUGUCUUUGGUACACAGAUGAGGUUUAGCCUACGUAACAAUGUUAUUCCUCUCCUGACAACAAAGCGUGUGUUCUGGCGUGGAGUUGCAGAAGAACUUCUGUGGUUUGUUAGUGGAUGCACUAAUGCAAAAGAGUUAAACAAGAAAGGAAUUAAAAUCUGGGAUGCAAAUGGCUCAAGGGAGUUUCUUGAUAAACAAGGUACAUGUAACAUGAUACAGUACAUAAAAUAUAAAUUUGACCCCCUUCUUCACUCUUUACCCCCUUCUUUAAAAUUCGUAAGGAUCAAUUUAGCAUGCAUUGACUACUAUGAUGGCAGCGAAAAUGUCACUUUUAAAAUGAAUUCGCAUUUUUUUAACCUUAAUGUCGCGUUUAUUUCGAUUUGCUGAAAAUGACAAAUGUAGGCAAAUUUCUUUGGAGUUGAAUUCUUGGGGACUGCACUGAGGUUUAGAAAGGGAAAGAAAAAUUCAUUGUCACAAGUGUACAUUUUCUGUAAAAUGUGAAAUUAGACAUUUUCACACUACAGUCUUGCAGUGAUGGCAAAGAAAUGAACAAAAAAGUGUGAUAGUUGUUGUUUUGCUUGAUAAACUUGUUGCUUUUUUUGACUUUCUCAUUGUCAUCCCUGUCAUUGUUGCUAAAGCUCCUUUUAUUUCACCCUCCCCCAUAAUCAACAUUCAUGUCUUCCUGGCAAUGACCCUGGAAAAUUCAAGGGGGCAGGGGGGGGAGGGUGUGCAGCAUACAUUCUGAAACCCUUCCCUUUUUAGAUCUCAACCACUGUUUCUCAGAAGUGAUUGAUGAAAAAAGACACCCCCUACCCAAUUCCAGAAUCAGGGUUCUAGAGAGCAUACAACCUUGCCCUAUUUCAAGAACAGCUAUAAUUUUUGUAAUUAUCAUACCCCAAAUUUUAGGCUUAAAGGGGUCCAAAACUAAACCCUAUGUUAUAUGCUCCUUUAUUAAAAACUGAAUCAUUGGAUAAUGCAGUUCUAGAGCUCUGAUUGGCUUAGCUAUCAGGGUAUAUGAGCCAUUAUACCAUGCUCUCCAAAUAUGGUAACUGUACCGAUCUUCCGAAAAUAUUAAAAACAAGCUGAAAAGUGGUUGUUCUUACAAAGUAAAGUUGGGAUGAAUUCUUGAUAUUUUGUGUGCAUUUUUAAUAAAACGAUAUUAUUCCACUCGUGCUUGUUGGAUAUGAGAUGAUUAUAGCCAGCUCAUAACCAAUGUGCACUCGUGGAUUAUUGUUAAAUAUAUCUGACUUGUCAGGCGUAAUAUUAUGUGUAAUAAGGGAAAACCCCUACCCCACUCCUAUUGUUCAUGAUCAACAUCUCAAUGUAACUUCUGUUUAGGUUUACAUGACCGAGAGGAAGGGGAUCUUGGUCCGGUGUAUGGAUUCCAGUGGCGCCACUUUGGUGCUAAAUACAUCAACAUGCAUGCAGAGUAUAAGGGCCAGGGUGUAGAUCAGUUAGCAACUGUUAUUGACAAGAUUAAAAAUAACCCUGAUGACCGGCGAAUUAUAAUGUCAGCAUGGAACCCAGUUGGUAAGGCAUAGCUUCUCCUUAGCCUUCUUAAGUCUCAAGUGUGAUUGUCAUCAAUUUUCUCCUUCUGAUCCACCAUAUAGACACUCAAAGGUUGUAAGAAUCAACAAAAACAACAAUCAUCUUUAUUUGUGCCCUGGAGAAAAUCAUGCUUCAUACAAUCUUGAAAAGUACUGGAUUUCUGAAAAGUUCCUUGAAAUUCACUACAUUUUAUUCACCAGACACCAUUUUCUGUAAGAUGGUAUUAUUUCACCAAGGAAAAUUUGGCUCAUCCUAUGUGUAAGAACCUGUUAAACUGAUGGGUAACAUACAAACAUUUUUGUGCGUGAGUAAUAAUUAUUUUAUUUCUGUUUCUUUAUUUCAAAUACUUUUUCUGUACCUCAGAUGCAAUUGCAAGUUAUACCCAGUCAUUUUGUAAAGUGUUGUUGUGGAAAGUAACAUAAAAUAAUGUGAUCAACCAUGGCUGAAGAAAAAAAAAUUUAUUGUAAAUUACCCCAUUGAGUACCAGUAAGGUGUUCAAAAGGAGGUUUAAGAUUGCCAAUUUACAGAAUAUUGGUCCUAGUAAGUCCUUGAAAACUGUAAUUUGUCCUUGAAAAGUCCUUGAAAAGUCCUUGAAAUUUGUUUGUCUGAAGUUGUACAAACCAUGAAAAAUUAAUGUUGGCAGUUGGCAAGAUACGGAGCAUAGCCACUUGGAAAUAGCAAAAUGCUAGUCGCACUAAGUCGCUAACCCAGUGAGGGAUGUUUGCUAGCAACAACAACAACAACAGUUUAAUAAGGUAUUCUCAUUUGCAUACCUGGCAUUACCUAUUAAGACACUUUUGAAAUUAUUACAUGAUUGUAUCUACAAUUCAUGAUUUCAAAAAUAAAAGCAGCAACUGAUUUACAAAUAAAUGGAUCAAUGUUGUUAAAUAGGAACAAAAUAUUUGAUUUUACAUCUAAAUUGGUAAAAGAGUUAUAUUUUUUGAUGAUUUCAUCCAAAAAUUUGUUUAGAGGUGUAUCAUACAGGGUGUAAGAAAACAUGACGUGACAUUCAUUUUCAACUUCAUUAGCUUGACAUCAGGAACAGAUUCUUAAGUGUUCGGGAGUCUUGGGUACAGUAUAUCUCCCUGUUUCUCCCUGUUUCAAUGAUUUCCUAGGUUAGCAAUGGCUAGUGGCCCAUGCAACCUGCUAAAUAAUAGUUGCCUUUGGAUGAUGUAUCACUAUGUACCCUGGAUUUACCUCUGUAGGGCUCCUUUAACUUUUGGACUCCCAACAUACAUAUACAAGUAAUAUCCUUGAUAUUUGAUUUCCCCAUUUUUAUUGUAGUGAGUGCAUGAGAACAUCAAAGUACCUAGAACUUGGUAUGCACUGCACAAUGUUUUUAGAUGCAACUGAAAAGUUUUUUUUAUCAAGGGAUUUUGUCAGUUGAAUGGGCUGUAAAGGACAUUGUAUACACAAGACGUCUGUUUUCUCUUAUCAAUAGAUUUGCCUUAUAUGGCCUUACCACCAUGCCACUCGUUUGUUCAGUUUUAUGUCAGCAAUGGGGAGCUCUCUUGUCAGAUGUAUCAAAGGUCUGGUGAUAUGGUAUGUGGCUUAAUCAAACAUGCAUUAAUUUUUGUAGUGUACCAAUAGCUUGUUUUGUAGUAGUAUCAUUCAGAGGAGCUAUUUUUUUAAUAAUACAAGUACUAUGAAUAUAUUUUUUUAAUAAUAUAAGUCCAGGCCCUUUAAAAGUUUAGUUUUUCAAAAGGUGGAUAAACGAAUUGUGAUAUCCACUGGAUAGAGAUUUAUCUAGUGGAUAUCACUAUUUGUUUCCCUAAUAGUUAUCCACUGGAUAGUGAUUUAUCUGGUUGAUACUGAUUGUAAAUGAGGGCCAGGCUCCUAAUUCCCCUUAUUAUUAUUAUUUUUUUAAAUAACUGAUUGAUUGAUUGAUUGAUUGAGUGACUCACAGGCUACUGGCUCACUGACUGGUCAUUAAUACUGACUACACUGCAAGUGACUAACUGAUAACCUUGGCUGAGUGACUGGCUAUAGCUAACAGGCUGGUUGACCUACUUAAUGCUGAGCGACGAACUAACAGAAUAACUCUUGACAGUGAUUCAGCCACUAUAAUAAUUAUUAUAAUUAUUAACUGUGACAGACUUUCAGACUGACUGAUAAAGCUAUGGCUUGUCACUAGGCACCUGCCUAGCUUACUGGCCAGCAGAAUGGUUGACUAAUUGACAUCUGACAACUGUCUGACUGGCUGUCUAACCACACCUGUAACAAAAUAAUAUUGAAAUGACUUCAUACUGACUGACUGACUACUGAGUGAUUGCUGUUUGACAUACUGAAUGAUUUACUGAUGGCUGAUGACUGUCAAGCUGACUGGUUCUUUGAUUGACUGGCUACUGACAGAUUGCCUUGGAUCUGACAACUGAAAGUGACAAAGUAUCAGUACUUAUUGAUUGUUUGAUAGGUUGUCAGAUAUGAUCAGUAUGGUCAUUUGUUGUUAGUUAAAAUAUUGGAGGAACUAUUUGUUCCACGUUUUACCUUUUUUACUUAAACAGUCAUUAAUUUUGUCAUUGCAACAUACAUGUAAUUAUGAUAUGAAAUGUUAAUUUUUCAAUAUAUUGUUGUUGAUUUGUUAGGGCCUUGGGGUACCAUUUAACAUCGCAAGCUACUCCCUUUUAACACACAUGAUUGCACAUGUCUGUGAUCUCAAGGUAGGAUGCAUAACGCUUUUACAAAAAGAAAAUGUAACUGUUUGUUGAACCAUUUACAUGUAAUUUUAUUACAAAACUAGAAAAUGCAAUAAUUAUUAUUUAAAUGAAAGACACAAAGAAAUACAAAGUAAAAGAGUAUGGAAUGAAGUUUCCCCUGUUUCUGAGGAGAAAGUGAAGCUUAUUUAUUCUUCUCUUUGAAAUAAUUUUUAGCCUGGAGACUUUGUUCACACCCUUGGAGAUGCACAUGUCUAUCUGAAUCAUGUCGACGCUUUGAAAAUCCAGGUAAGAGGAGUUAUGUCAAGAAUAAAGUUAAUUCCCACCUUUGUUCUCACAAUUUGUCAUGUAUUAAUAUGCAAUGAAAGUAGUCUCUGAUAGCUCUAGGCUAGUAGAUUUUGCUAUCAGGCGAGUGAAUUCUGUUUUUUAAAUUACCGAAGAAAUGCAUGUUAUCAUUAUCCUGCUCAUCAAACCUUUUUUGGGGGCUAGUUGAAAUGACUUUUAGGCAAGUUGUAAACCUAACUUUCUUUAUACUCUGCUGUAUAGGGGUGUGUACCCAACAGGUGCAUGUCCAUGUACAUGUCGCUUUUUGGAAUCAUCAUACUAGUUGUCCAGGUGAUGCUCCUCUAGCUCCCCAAAGUCUCCCUAAUUUUUAUUAUUCAAAUGGAGAUCAUGGCUGAAAAAAACAAAAACAAAGAGAAAUUGAUCACUAUGAAUUCGUUUGACAGCUUACAAGAGAACCACGCCCAUUUCCAACUCUGAAGAUAAAAAGGAAUGUUGAGGACAUUGACAGCUUCAAAUCUGAAGAUUUUGAGAUCAUAGGAUAUGAUCCACAUCCAACAAUUAAAAUGAAAAUGGCUGUGUAAAUACAGAGGAUAAUAUCUCUUAUGUAAAUAUAAUGCUACAACUUUUUCAUGUGCUUGUAAAAUUAGUCUGAAAUGUCAUAUGUCUCCACCCUCUAACCCAUGGGGGGCACGGGGGAGAGAGACAUUAGUUUGAAAUUGUAUGGCAUUUCAGACUAGAGAGACAAGCGUUAUACAAUGUAAUGGUGUCCGGUCACAUCACCUAGUAUGCAUUUUUUUAAAAUUCUUAACAAGUUGGCAGCCAUACACUGUAAGUCACUGAAACGUGAACAGCAGCAUGCAUACAUGUAUGAGGUCUAUAUGAAGUGUUCUCUGAUUUGACUGCAGUGAAGCUUGAUGAUAAAGCCUCCAGAAUAAAUGUACGGGGUUGUUUAACUUUUCGAGUUUGAAAUGAAGAGUUGACAGCAGGCUAAACACAACUUAUAAGCUUGUGAUAGUGUGAAACAUGACCUUGGACUACAGAGGUUCCCUUCUUCUUUCGCUUAGGUUAUGUAGUACACUGAGUAUUUUAAACUCUGACGGAGCAAAAAUUACUUUUGCCGUUCUAAGUCUAACAUUUAGAGGUCAUGAAGCUGGUCUGUUUCAUGCAUAUUGAGUAAUUAUUUCCUGUGGUCUGGAGCGCGAUGUCCUACUGUACAGUUCCUCCGAUGGCAUUUACUUUUGCGGCUGAACUGGUAGUGCAAGCUACAAGUGCCUAAUGUGAGACUGCAGUAAAAGGUUCCUCAUCAGUUGGUAGUAUGGUACGAGUCUUCACUUUGUGAAGAGAGGCUAACUCUAAGGUCUUGUUUCACACAGCAGUUAUUAGUCUCAUUUGGCCUGUCAAUACUAUUUCAAACCGGAUGUUUUGCUCAGUACGUUCAGCCACUGAUAAAAGUUUUAUUUUUUUGGAAAGGUAAUAGCCAAUCAAAAAAUACCUACCAUAUUUGCAAAAGAAGGUGAUGUCACCGAACAACAUUGUAAUGCUUGGAAUUCAGACAUCUCUCUCCUCCACGCCCCUCAUGAGUUAGGGGAUGGA